UGCUUGCUGGCAGUUAGUGAGUUAACUUAGUAUAGUAGUUACGGAAGAUAACAUUGUUUUAGUAGAUAUCUCUUAGUUAUUAAAUGAUUCCAUGUCAUAUGUGUACAAAUGCUACUGAAUAUGCAUACAGUUUGUACAAAAUAAGUGAAUGCCCAUCUGUAUGCCAUAACAGAGAGAUUGGAUGCUUUCAUCAUGCCUCAAAAGCUUCUGAAGAGUGCCCAUUACAUAGAGCUGGGAAGCUACCAAUACUGGCCUGUGCUUGUUCCACGGGGAAUUCGUUUGUACACAUACGAACAAAUUCCAGUCUUCUUGAAAGAUAACCCCUACAUCACGGAUGGAUACAGAGCUCACCUACCGUCAAAGCUUUGCAUUAAAAGCCUCUUCAUCCUGUCCAAUGAAACGGUCAACAUUUGGAGUCACCUGCUGGGCUUCUUGCUCUUCUUCUCCCUGGGGCUGUAUGACAUGACAACAGUGCUGCCCUCAGCUGGGGCCUCCAGAGAAGACUAUGUCAUCUACUCCAUAGGGCUCUUCUGCUUUCAGGUGUGCAUGCUGUGCUCGGUUGGUUACCACCUGUUCUGCUGCCACCGGUCGGAGAAGACCUGUCGCCGCUGGAUGGCACUGGACUAUGCAGGAAUAUCCAUCGGAAUCCUCGGCUGUUACGUUCCAGGAGUCUUCUAUGCCUUCUAUUGCAAUGGUUACUGGAGGCAGGUGUACCUGAUCACCGUGUUGGCUAUGAUCCUGACGGUCUUCUUUGCCCAGAUCCACCCCCAUUACCUCACACAGGAGUGGCAUCAGCUCCGCACCACCAUCUUCUGCUCUGUCGCUGGAUACGGGGUCAUUCCUGCCACCCACUGGGUGUGGCUCAACCAUGGCUUUGGGGCCAUCAUUGUCCAGGAGUUUUUACCUCGUGUUUUGGUCAUGUAUUUGAUAGCUGCAACAGCCUUUGUUUUCUAUAUCACCAAAGUUCCGGAGCGCUAUUUUCCAGGGCAGCUGAAUUACCUUGGGGCCAGUCAUCAGGUGUGGCACAUCCUCGUGGUGCUGAUGUUUUACUGGUGGCACCAGACUGCAGUGUCCAUAAUGCGCUAUCGCCACAGCCAGCCCUGCCCAGACCACUCCCCGAGCGGGUAGUAUCCUACAGCAUGGGCCACAGCGUUGUCCCAGCUCUACCCACCCCACAUCUUUCCAGUCAGUCUGGAGCAACGGUCAUGUCUGACCAUAUCACACAUCCGCAUGCUUAUGUUACUAGUUAAGACGGGUUGGCGACAUGGUGGUGAAAACUUCCAUAUGCUAGUUUCUUUCUUUUUUUUGAACUUCAGAAUUAAGUUUGAGAGUGUGGUCAUUAUGUCCUUACCUAAUGGAUGGCCUGUUCUUGAAUUUUCUAACUUGGAUAAAUAUUCUGAAGCCUUUAUUUUAUGUGCCUACUAAUUCAUUUCUAACUGAUGACAUGUAGUAUUGGUACACUUUUGUCUUUUGUACAGGUGGACAAUUAGAAUUUCAUUUUUUAUUAGAAUUUCGGACUUCAUGUUAGUUAUCAUUUUCUUAUGCAUAUGACCAGGAUUCAUUGGUCAAGCAACACAGUGCUCUCAUAACUGUGUUUAGUGAGCUGCAUAGUUAAGGCAGUAAUAUCUCAGCAUAGAAUUUGUAAAGGAAAAACAGUCACAUUCACUGUUACAGCAAAUGUUUACAAUAUAUUGUAUGUUAUAACAAGGGAGUAAUGCAGGUUUGAAAUAUGUUCAGUAUUUUACUACAAUUGUAGGAAAUGUAUUACAUGAAAUCAAAAUACCCAUAAGUUGUUUUAUUUUGAAUCAUAGCUUGUCGCAUACGUGAAAUGUACAUGUGUACAAUACUGCUUGCACCAUUGCUGUAGUGUGCAUACUUUUGUGUACUUUAGUAAUUCACCUGUUCCACCAUCAUGCUGUAUGCCUUUGUAUGCCCUCUGCACAACCUGUAUACCGGGCAGCUGUAUCAGUGAUGAGUUUUACUAUGAAGUGUCCUUUCAGAAUGUGUGGUCCAGUCGCUUUGAACUGGAAUUAUGCAUGAUUUCUCUUACUGUAAUGAGAUGUUAUUGGGACUCUUGGUGUGUGGCACCACGACUGUAUUUAAAGAUAUAAUUACAGUUUUUGUGAAAUGAAGUUCAUUGAUCACACCAGAGAAAUUCACUGUAUGCACAGUGCUUGACGUUGACGAGAGACCGUGUCCAAAUUAAGCUUCUCUGCAUGGUAUAUUUAUUUAGACCUAUUGUUUGUCCUGAUUUUCUUAAAAAGUUGGGCUUUUUUUUAAUACAUCCUGUUUCUCUGCUUUGUGUUACUAGUUUUGACAUUAUUAAUGGUAUUAUUAUUAACAAAAUUGUAUCCUUCAAAUUAGCAUGAAUCGGGUAUAUUGCAUUAGGUGGAGAAUGUAGGCUAGGUGUAGCAGUGCUCUCACCUUUAAUUGACCAGAUAGCUUUGAAGUCUGCUUGAAGUAUUUUCUCCUUAAUAUGUAGCGCUUUCUACUCAAUAAUGCCAUGAACUUCAGUGCUUGCCUAGGUCAGUGUCCAUGGAAACGAUUUCUUCUGCAUUAACUCAUUUAUAAGUGGACCAAGUUCAGCUGAUAAUUGCACUGCAUUUGUAGAUACUCCAUUGCUAACACAAUAAGUUCCUGUUAAGACCUGGUGCGAACACACAUACACACUGUACAAUCAAUCCUGUUCUCUAUCGCUACUCUGAGCAGUGAUGUACACUUGUCAGAUUUGUGUACUUGACAAUUGAUUUCAAAUGAAAAUAUACACGUAAGAGUAAACCUGUGUAGAUAACAACGCCCUUUGCCUUAACCUGUAAAACUGUACAUGCCCACUCAACAGUGUUGUAUGUUUUGUUGUUUGUGCAUGUAUUGCCUGAUUGUUACUUCUUAAAUGACCUUUUUGCUGCCUAUGAUCACUUUCAACCUUCAGGGGUUAUGUGCAAUUCAUGUAUGAUACCAUACGAGAGCUGUCUUUGUUCAGUAUUUAAACUUAAUAUGUAUGAAUGUAGUCUGAUAUUUUGGUCGUGGUGUAGUACUCUGUUCAUUUUAGUUUUUGUGUGCUUAUUUCCACCCCAGUGCUUUCUUUGCAUUAGUUUCUGAUUUUUUUUUUUUUGGUUUACUGUGCAUUGUUUGUAGCUGCUAUUCUGUACAAUGAGCCUUGUUAUUCAAUGAGAUAAAAUGCGUAAGGUUUUACAAAGAUGCAAAACACUGGGACAUGUACUGUUGUGAAUCUGUUGUUUAAUUUAUUAUAUGAUCAAUACUGGUCAGUUUCCAACUGUUUAAUAUUGGAUAUGUAAUCAUAUCAGUUGGAAUGAAUCUUAUUGGAUUAAUUGAUUUAUUUUUCACAUUGCUAUCACGUCCCUUAAUAUCCUCAUGAAAAUGGCCUGACAUUUCAAAUGGCACUGAAUUGUAUUGUCAGAUUUAUUGGUACACAAGGCUACAAAUGAUGCCACUAUUGGGAUUUUCACACAAGUUUACCAGCAAAUUAAUUGUUAAAUUACACAAUUGCAACUACAUUGCAUGGUCAAUGUACACUAAAAUACAGAUUUUGAAGAAAGGUUUAAUACGUUUCUCACCACCCUCAUCAUUUAUUUAAGAUUGCUUGAAAAUUGUGAAGCAACAAAAAUGCAAAUGUGAGUUGAGCCUCUUUUAUGCUAAUCGUGUUGUAUGUAAGCAGCUGUUUGACUUUUGUAAAAUGUUUUAGAAUGACAACAAAAUGUUUUGAAACUGGACACUGAAUAAAAAGGGCACAUUGUCUUAAUGCA